GUUGCAUAGCGGUAUAAAACAGAAGUUAAAGAUAAAUGACAUUAAGUCAGAUCCUAGUUACAGUUCACAGAUUCUGCAAUGAAGUUUAUGCUUUCACUACUGGCCUUGGGCUACGUAGCGAUAGCUGUCGCCGCCCCCAGUUUGCCGGUAAACCCUGGAGGCAUCGGGGGCUUAUUUAAGGGCCCCAAUUCGGAAACCAUCAUCAAAGGGCCCGACGGAAGUGUUAUAACUUCAGCUGCUGAAGGUGGAGAAGUGCACACUAAUCUUGAACCAAUCGUAGUUGCCGAAGAAGUAGUACCUGUAGAACCCGUGGUACCUAUAGAAGCGGUAGCGGUACCUUCCCCACCUGUAGAAAACAAACAAAGUUCUGACUUGAUUGGCCCUUCUGGCAGAAUAGUUACACAAGGGUCACAAUCUAUUAUUGCCGGGCCUGCUUCAACCACAAUUACAGGUAGUGCUGUAUUAGCAGAAACUGUAAUAAAAGGGGCACCAGUUGUAGGAACACCAGUUUUAAGUGUCGCUCCAGCUGUUGUACCUGUUGCAACUGUAACAGCAGCUCCUAUUGCUGUAAGCCCAGUUUCUGUAACAGUUCCACCUUCCCCUUUGGUUCUUGAAACUGAUUUAGUUGCUCCGGCUAGAAUUUCUAGUGUCACUCCAACUUCUCUCAAUGUUAUUGCAACAGCUUCAGUUUUACCACACUAUACAGCUACAGCAACUGUUGAAACGGUUUCUUCUUUACCUGUAAUUUCUUCAACAGCUGCACCAGUUCCUGUCGCUGGUUAUGGGGUACACGGUGUGACUGUUAAUGGUUUUAAAGAUCAUUUGGUUCAUGAGUUUUCAACGGCAUCGCCUUUGCCAGUGAUACAUUCAACAGCUUCUCCUGUAAAUGGCGUUGUAGGCGUUGAUUCAUCAACAGAAUCACCAAUAAUUUCUUCAACUGUAUCUCCUGUUAUACAAAAAGGAAUUGCUGUCAAAGGCCUUGUAGGAAAUACUGAUCAUAUUAAUCUAGGACCUCAAUUGGUUUACUCUCCAACACCAUCAGUACCUAACAGAAUACACCAACAAGAUCUUGCUGCUCACGGUCUUGUAGGAACUAAUGAUCGAAUUGAUCUUGGACCUCAGUUAAUACAUGAUCAAUUAGCUAUUGAUAACAGACAGUUGCACCUCAAUCCAGCUUUAAUCCCGCCUGCGAAUAUAAUUCCCCCUGAAAUAUCAGUAACCCCAAAAACGCCCAUUGCCCGCUUACGUCCUACUCCCGGUACUUUGCUUACAACUCCAGGAUUGGGAACAGUUGCGAACUCCCCAAAUAUAUUAAGGGAGGAAGGGAGUGUUGGUAUAAAUGUAACUCCAAACUCUUUACAAUACGUACCUCAAUACCCACACAUAUUAAGAGAAGAUGGAACUGGAGGAUAUGGUGUGUCCCCAAACACUUUACGAUAUGUACCUCAACAUCCGCACAUAUUGAAAGAAGAGGGAAGUGUAAGUUUUGGUGUAACUCCAAACGUAUUAAGACAAGAUGGAAGUGCAGGAUAUGGCGUUACCUCAAACACCAUACAAUACGUACCUCAGUCUCCUCACUUAUUAAGAGAAGACGGAAGUGCAGGUUUAGGUGUAACUCCAAAUACUUUACAAUACGUACCUCAGUACCCACACAUAUUAAGAGAAGAUGGAACUGGAGGAUAUAGUGUUACCCCCAACACUUUACGAUAUGUACCUCAACCUCCGCAGAUAUUAAAAGAAGACGGAAGUGCAAGUUUAGGUGUAACUCCAAACGUAUUAAAACAGGAUGGAAGUGUAGGGUAUGGCGUUACCCCAAACACUUUACAGUAUGUACCUCAGUCUUCUCACAUAUUAAGAGAAGAUGGAAGUGCAGGUUUAGGUCUAACUCCAAAUACUUUACAAUACAUACCUCAACCUCAAUUAACAAACCAGCGACAACCUCAACUCAGUUCGCAACAAUUCGUAGCUUUACAAAAUCAACAAAAUUUGCUCAAUAACCAGAUACAAUAUGCACCAGCAGGUCAAGCUACUGGUCCUGCUUUGUUUACUCCAACUGAAGAACCAAAUGAAGACCGACCAGGCGAAGAUCCCAAUGUUGCAAUAGGAGGUGCUCGAAUAACACCACCACCUCCACCGCCAAAUAUUCCACAACAAGGAGUGUUAAGUUCGGAAUUGGCUAAAUCUGGAAUUGAUGCAAGUCAGUUGCAGUUGACGAAUGUGCCUUUGUCGGCUGUGUCUAAUUUUCCAGAAGAUUUGAAUGUCAAAAGGGCUGUAAUUUACAAUGUGAGGCCGCAAAGUAGGGGUCGACAUGGUAGACAAGUUGAAAACGAAAAGAAAACAAACUAACAAAAUAGGGAAAACAACUAGUCAGUAUUGAGUUGUGGUGUACUAAUAUUCGCUUAAAUAAGUUUGAUAUUGUUUGCAUUUUUUUAUAUUAUUUCAUAAAGAUGUAAUAAAUAAUCGUUUUUG